AUGCUAAUAGUAUAUCAACUUCUUAUGACCACAGUUGAGGCAACACCGAAAAAUGCUGUAAAAUUACGAGAACCCGAUUUAAUAGGCAGUAAACGGUUAGGUUUCACCAUAUCACAGACAAAGGGUAACUAUCAGUGGCUUAUAUUUGUUGCUAUUCUGACUGAACUUGCAGACUAUCUGGCACUGGAAUCUUUGCUGGAGCUUUUUGCUUUGCUGAUACCUCCUGUGAAAAACGGUCGCCAAAACCGUGCACAUUUUAUUAAGGAUGUGUUCGAUCCCUCUAUUUUCAUCUGCAGUGACCAAAUAACGCGUACCCUCGAAGAUAUUGCUAACCCUGAUUGGAGUGUUACGUCAACACAGAUACUGAAAGAAUUGGCAGAGUCUGAUAUCACGUUCCCCCAACCCUUUGAGGUUUCAGGAUUGACGUUGGACACUAUGUGCAUAGAUACUUCGGUGUUCUACAUCGACAUAUCAGAAUUUGUGGCAAAUGUGGAUCAACAUGGAAAAAUUGAAACACUUCACAUCCCUUUUUCCACAAUAUCAAAUAUUACUACCUCUCUCUCUACUCUAGGCCACGAUAAAAUAUUGAUAACAGCAAGCGUAACGAGGGCACCAGUACUGGGAGACAAACCCAUCCAUGCUGUCGAUGCAACUGGCACGGAGUUGGUCCUUUCCUGGCAUAUCGUGUACAAAUUUCUGGAGAGAUUCAAACAGGUUAUGAAGCACAGAAAGUUAAUGGACAGAGUUCAGAGUCUGUCUCAACUUUGGGCAGAUAAAACGCCAAAUUCAGAACACCUCGAUACAGUUUACUCGACUCCGUUGGUGUCUAUGCAUUUAAAAGCAAAAAAGCAAUCUGACGGACAAACGGAGGUUCAAGAGACCGACGCCGGCGAGGAUUUCAAAACCACAGCCACAGUUUUUGUCUCCAAUGGUGAACUUACCUUCCAUUCUAUUCAAACUCACCGAGAGAUACGCGCAAGUGAGCAACAAAAUAAACCGAAGGGUUCUGUUCUUGACUCAGAAAUACUUACACCUGCCGUGGCGCACGAUGAAAGUUCUGAAGAGGGGUUCUCUCAAAUAAGGUCUAAACCUACACACAGAAGGAGGAGGUUCAUCUCUAUCACCGACGACGACGACGACGCAAGUGGAACUGAACAUCCGACUGGCAAGGGUGAUACCGACCCGUUUGUGAAUCAAACUAUUGCGACGACUCCGGUUAUCAUGUCUCCUGCAGUCCGGCUCGCGGAGCAUCCGCAGCUUGACGAGCCCAAUGGCAGUCUACGAACCACCAAGCAACCGGUCAAGGAAAAGAAUGUUGCCCAGAACCUAGUGAAUCAUGAGCCAUUUCUCGACCUCAAUCGUACCAAAGGGAUAAGAAAGAGACUUCAUGAUGCUCUUGGAGAAGACAAUUCUGCCAGGGAGGAGACUCGUCAUGCGAAAAACCUUCGGUUGGACCCUCAAAAGCUGUCCGAGGGAUCCAGCGAUCAUGCCACCAAAAAAGCACAAGUCUCAAGCACCUCAUCCCCAAUGAUAAAGGAACUCAAGUUCGAUGAAAUCCCUCGUACCACUAAGGACACUAAAAGGAAUCAAAUGAAAGGCAAGAACGGUAAGGCAGCUGCAACAGGCAAGCGUGCUCCAGUGAAAAAAGCAGACAGAGCCAUUCGUAAGAAGCCAGAGGAUAACAUUCCCAAACCCGCAACUCCACGACAAGCCAUCUACUCAGAUCCUGACGUAACACUUGUUGCUUCGAAUGAAAAGGCGGACGAUUCUCCAGACAAAACGUCCAAUAGGCGGUCGACACGAGUAGCCACUAUCCAGGCGACCAAGAAACCAACACAAAAACCACCUCGCGCCUUGAAGAAGGCCGACAAAGCUCCAUGGGAAAAAAUGAACUUUUUACCGCAGAAUGACUUGACAUCGGAAGUGGUGAAUGACAACAAGGUCCAGGAUUUGAUGCCCAAUGCUGGGACUCGAGAUAAUUUGCAUGCAUCACUCGCCCUUGAUUACAUGAAGGCGCAAGUAACUAUUCAGAACGGUUCAUCGGACACUGAUAAUCAAAGUGGCGACUAUGGCCAGACAUUCCACGAUUAUAUCAUUCCGACAAAGCUCGGCUCUGGGACUUCUGUCUCUCCUUCUGUCUCUCCGGUUCCUAAAGUAAAGUCAGAUCCCGUUCUAAUUGAUCUAACCCGCGACGUCUCUCCUCAAAAGCCACCAAUUUUCGACACGUCGUUGAUGCAGACUGCCAAGAAACACCUUCCAGGCAAGCCUGAGUCCCCCAAGCAAACUACCCUAGACCACCAUUCAACCAAUGACUUGUCGAAGGCUGGCACUGAUGUCGAGUUGCGAUCCAAAGCAAUUGCAGUCGGGAAACCGGCGGCGCUUACUAAGGCAGAAAAGCUUGUCAUAUUUAAACAGGAUGCACAACAGCCUUUCAUGCAAAGUGAAGGUGAUACAUUGAAUUCGGAUGCAGUCUCUCCUGAAGGAUUUCCGAAAGAAACAUCACCGCUCCCGCCGAGACUGCAGAUUCCAACAUCUUCCCGAGUUAAUAUCGAAAAGAUCGACUCUUACCCAGAAACUCUCGGAAUUGUAGGUAUCGAACAAUCGCCACUCUCCAAACCUCGAGAAGCGAAGAUCCAGGUUACGGAAAUUAAGCGAAUGAAUGUCACCGCCGACACUUAUACACAUCAUCACAAGUCCUCGAUCGACAUUGAUUUGAUGAAAACUAAACACCAUCCACGGCUACGUGUGCACAACUCCAAACAAGAUUGGGCGCGAACUCAGACUCGAAUAUCAGACCUGGACGAUUUUAAUCCAGUAACGGCAACAGAUAAGAGUCCAGGUCCAGUCUUUAGGAAAGCCAUAGAUCCGCGAAGUAACAGGACUACGUUCGAACAUAAAAUCCAGCCCAUGGAUAAGAUCAUCAGUAUACUAGAUAAGUUAAAUGAAGAUUAG